CAGCAUCACGGUGUAGUGAGUCAGGAGACCUCCAACUACCCUGCAACAACCACUUUGGAACUGCGAGAGGAUUCAAGUAUAACUUGGACAUUUCUGCUGAAUACUUCCCUGAGGCAAAGGAUUUUACGCAUCUCAUCCUGAACCGACCAAGAGAGUAAAGAAGGAAAAGGCAUGUCUCAACUGUCGAUGCGUCGUUUUAUGGCCCUGUAUCUUACGCUUCUCGGAUACGUUGGGGAUACUUACGCCGGUUCGGUUUUAGGGAACUCCAACGCCAUUAAAAACUUGCCUGGUGGCGGGGGUCCUAAUCCUGCCCACACAGUCAGCCCGAGCCCACGCUCCCCAUCAUCUGGUAGCGAUGGCCAGAGGUUGGUAGUAGACACAGUACAGUCAAAUACAUGUGCGGAUGAUGACGAGUGCGGGACCGAUGAAUUUUGCAACGAUGUUAGAGGCGCGUGCCUUCCAUGUCGAAAGAGCCGCAAGCGAUGCGCUCGGGACUCGAUGUGUUGCGGAGGGAACCAUUGCAUUAAUGGUGUGUGUCAGGCUGGUGAGAUGGAUGUCAUGGACACUAUCGGUGUGGGAAACAGACACAACCACACCAUAGACGUCCAUGCUAAAAGUCCUACACAGGGACAUCAAGUACAUUCUGUUAAAGGUCUGGAGGGGGAGACGUGCUUGCGCUCUACAGACUGUUCAGAGGGACUGUGCUGUGCCCGCCAUUUCUGGUCGCGUAUCUGUAAGCCGGUGUUGACGGAGGGCCAGGCGUGCACUCGCCACCGGAGGAAAGGCUCCCACGGUCUGGAGCUGUUCCAGCGCUGUGACUGUGGUGACGGCCUCGCCUGCCGACCAGAGAAAGGGGAACGAGAUCACGCCGUCAGCAGGACCCAAGCCCGGAACCUACACACCUGCCAGAGACGCUGACCCACACACACACACACAUACGUAAACACUGCACCGGAACGUACACAUAUGUCCCAGAUGCUGACACAUGCAGUUAAUCACACACACACACUGCCGUAGUUGCUGAUAUUGACUCCACCAACUGAACCCUGCCAAGCGUCCAAGACGCUGACACUUACACUCCACCAGGACGGUAGCAGACAGAACAGAUCCUAAAGGAACGGGAUACACCCAGAGGGACGCUGAGUCCUGACCUGGAACUAUCUGGUUCCCCACCAUCGGAAACAGAAUCGGAAAUGAGGAUGCAGGCGAUGAAUCCAUGUCAUCAUAAAUGGCAGUACUGUUACGUUUCUCUUUUUAUGAAACUUAAAGCCUUGAUUAUUGCAGUAAAUUACUGUAUUAUAAUUAUAAUGGGGGUUGCACUUAAGUGAGCUAUUGAACUCCGUCAUCACCAAUAUUAUACACUCCUGGUGUUGCAUGGUUCUUUUCCAUUGUUGUAAAUGUGUACACAAAAUGUUAUAUACAAUGUAAUGUAAAUGUCUAUAUUUUUAAGUUACAUGUAAAGAAAAUGUGAAGAUGUUUUAUUAAAAUCAAUGGUCUGA